UCUGUAUGUACAUCGGAUGUCGGAUGUCAGUGUGAAUCACCUAUGAGUAUUGCGUCUCGUCAAUCAGCUGCCAGAGAUCCUGUGAUAAUCCUACAACAACCAAAGAUAAAUUGUUAUUUGACACUGACAGUAUCGAUCGGUGAAUGUGGAUGUUCCGCGCAAAUGAUCGGCCAGCUACAAUCGCGACGAUUGACAGUUCACUACGUCGGGUACAUUUUUAAUACUCUAUCGUUCGAUAAUUUACAUUUCACGAUGCGACUUGACAACAACAUAGGUCAUGAUGUUUCUUAAAAGCUUCGAUGGAAAUAGAAUAUUGGCGAUAAGAGUGAAAGAAGGAGCGUAAUAUUAUAUCCGGAACGUGGCGGAUGCAUAUGAAAGAAAACAAAAAUGAGCCAUUGUCAUCAAAGUGAGCAUUCAAGGAAGCAGCAUUUCCUGUAAACAAUGUAUAAUGACUAUCUUGGACGAUAUGUGAGGAAUCAGUUAUCAGAGGAUUAGAGAAACAAUUGCAGUUGGAUGAUGUAUGAAAACAUAUGAAUCAUUUGUCUAAGAUAAGAUAGUUGAGGAUUGCAAUUGAAUAUUGCAUCAGUAGAUUCAGCUAUUUUGUGAGCUCAAUCUUGAAGAUUAAAGAUGUCGGGAGGAGAAAGGAAAAAGAGGGGCUGCGACAGGGGACAAGGAUGGGAGGAAGCUGGUGCAGAAUUCUAUCAGGAAAGCUACCCAGCAGCUGUAGAAGCUGAUCUCCAGCAAGCUUUGCAGAGGGAUCCUUCACAUAUAGCUACUUUACUUCCUAGCAAGAAGUCUCGUGUCGCUACAGCCAAACGAAUCCGAAACGAUACAAAGACAACACUCAGAAGGCGCACAAGUACCAGAUCUCGUGGCACAACUACUUCGAGACGCAUGUCGACCAACAUUCACGAUGCAGCAGUGUCUACAUUACCGGAUCUGUCUGAGAACUUGUCCAACGAAGAACGCACCUGGGAGGAGAUCAUGCAGAUCAAAGCUAUGCCCUUACGUAUGUCACAAAAAAUACAGUUGAAGAAUCAAUUACAGAGCGCCACAAAGUUGAGAUUGCAAGGCUUUGAACAACUGAAGUGGCAGCGCAGGAAAGCCUGGCAGCAAUUCCGCAUAAGACUGAAAGAGGCGUACUCCAAGAUAGAUCUGUGGAACGACAGUCUGCAGAAGAUUGGCGGAAACUUCGGGAUGGGAAUAGUAGCGUACUUCUUGUUCAUCAAAUGGCUGAUGUAUCUGAACCUGCUGCUGUUCGCGAUAAUAUUCCUGCUGAUCGUGCAGCCGGCGAUCCUACUGCAAGCGCCGGACAACGACACGUGCUCAUUUUUCAACAACACCGCCUCCAGCGUAGCGUGCUGCUCCGAACUGUACAAGAACAUGACCGACAAGAGUAACAGCAUAACUGACAUCGUGCAAGGCGGCGGCAUCCUCGAGUACACUCUGCUGUUCUACGGUUCGUACACGCACAAGAUGUACGAGAGCGUGGGUGGCAGUUGCUGCUACAACUCGUCGUUGUCAUACAUCUGCGCCAUCAUCAGCGUCUUCAUCAUCAGCCUGGUGGCGAUCGUGCGAUCUGCCGCGAAGGGCUUCAAAGAGCGCGUCGUAGAGGGCGAAGGUCAGUUCUACCAGUAUUGCAAUCUGGUGUUCGGCGGCUGGGACUACUGCAUCCACAACGAAAAGUCCGCGGGGGUGAAGCACAAAGCGCUGUACAACGAGAUGAAGGCCUUCCUGGAGGCUGAACGAAUGGAGGAGGAGAGGAAGAAUCGCACGAGGGAGGAGAAGACGAAGCUCUUCUUCAUACGCCUAUUCGUGAACCUGUUGGUCCUCACGGUGCUGAGUGCCUGCGGCGCCUUCAUCUACUACAUAAUCGACUUCUCAUUCAGCCACUUGGCGGCGUACCUGGCGCAGGACGUCGAAAUCUCCAAGAUCAUCCGUCUGUUCUUUGAAUUCCUGCCGUACAUAUGCAUCGUCGGCCUCAACGUGGCGAUCCCGUUCCUCUUCCGCUACCUGGUCGCCUUGGAGAACUACAGUCCAUCCUACGUCGUGCGCGUGACUCUGUUCAGAACGGUGUUCCUUCGACUCGCUUCGCUGGUCGUUCUGCUCACAUCCCUCUACAGACUCGUCGCUGACAAGAUCCCGGAGCACGAGUGCUCCAACAGCAAGAACAAACAGCCAUUGUGCUGGGAGACGUUCGUCGGGCAACAGUUCUUCAAGCUCUACACCACCGAUCUGUUCAUCCAAUUCUUCAUGACGUUCUUCGUCAACUUUCCUAGAUCGUUGAUCGCACGGCACACCGAGAACAAGGUGCUGCGCUUCGUCGGCGAACAAGAGUUCGACCUGCCCAAGCACGUGUUGGACGUCGUCUACCUGCAGACCAUCUGCUGGCUCGGCUGCUUCUUCGCCCCACUUUUACCGAUGGUCGCCACGAUCGGCACGUUCCUCAUGUUCUACGUGAAGAAGUUUACGUGUCUGGUCAACAGCACACCGUCGAGCAGGAUCUAUCGCGCGAGCAGGUCGAACUCGCUCUUCAUGUUCAUUCUCUUGGUCUCCUUCAUACUGGCGAUCAUCCCGGUCGGGUACUCCAUCGCGGAGAUCAUGCCGUCGAAAUCCUGCGGGCCGUUCCGCGGCCUGGAGUCUGUAUGGAUGCUGCUGAUCAUGACGUUCUCGCGGUUUCCCGACUGGAUACAGUCGACCUUGUUCUUCUUGGGCACUGCCGGAUUCGGCAUACCGGCCUUCGUCGUGCUGGCGUUGCUCCUCUACUACUACUACGCGGCCUUGAUCGCGAACAAGCACAUGGUGACGGUGCUGAAGAACCAGCUGGUGUUGGAGGGCCACGACAAGCAGUUCCUGCUCAACAGGCUCAGCGCUUUCAUCAAGCAGCAGCAGGAUCAGAACAAGUUCCACCAGGAGCAGACCACCGAGCUGGGCACGUUUCAGCAUGUAUAAAGAGAGACGGGCGAAGAGCGAGACGUAGCGUGUAGACUUCAUUUUAGUCAUAUUCUUACCGAGUGUGUACAAAUCCAGAGCGAGGACAUGCUCGCGACAUCCUGGGACUUGGUGAGGAAACUCGGUGUCCGAAUCCGGCCCGAUCGAGCGACGAUUGUUUGACGAUUUACUUGUGAUCUUUCAUAGGUUUUACUUGUGAAACGUGUAAGACUGCGUCGAUUUUAUCUCUUUUUUAUAUCGCCAUACACCCAUCCGCGAUGGCGUUUACGAGACGUUUUUGAUAUUCCAUAUUUAAUUCGCGAAUCGGAGGCCGACCGGGCGACUUCUUUACACGCGAACGAUACGAGCAGGGACAACAUGCCGAAUAUAUACGUUAGUGUGUACGUGUGUGUUCUACACUUAGGCUGCCGGUCGCGGUACGCUUGUACUUCACACAGACUCUUCAACUCUGUCUCGGGCUACUUCGCAGCCACUGCCAACGAAAAAGCGUUAGCUUCCGACCGCGAAUUAGGUGAGAUUAGUUUCGAAUUUGCGAACCUUAGGGAAAACAACGGGACAUAUCUUGCCGUUCUUCUAGUUCAACUCGAUCGUCUCGUGCAUGUAUGUGUGUGUGUGUGUGUGUAUGUGUGUGUGUGCGCGCGCGCGCGUGUGUGUGUGUGUGUGUGUACACGAGGAUAUAUACACGUCUGAAAUCAGGGUACAAAGAGAGAAGCAACGGUUAAACAGAUAAAAAGAAGAGUCGCGACUUAUUUAUUCGUUAGUUUCAUAUUGUUUCGCAGAUGUCUGUAAAAUCGCGCCGUUUAGAGCCGUGCAUGUCGUAAACGGAACGAACAUUCGAGGGACAUCCGAUUUAGAGAGCAUAAUAUACUGGUCGGACGUAACAUUAUAUUAUAAGCUAAUGUGUGAUCAUGUAUGUUUAGCUUAGUGCACUAACAAGUACCGGGACUACGCCUCCGUAACGGCGAGCAUUUACUUCCUCGACUUUGCGAGUAAAUGUUAGUGAGCUUUUGCAUGAAAAGGAAAGAGAGAGAGAGAGUGUGUGUGAGGACGAACGAAACGAAGUGAUACGCAGCGGACCUAUUUUUAGAGUAGCUCUACUUUAGAGGAAUCUGUAAUGUUACUGUAAAUAGGUCCUUUAGAACGAGAAAUUAUUUUAUUAGCGACAUCUUCGAGACGGGAGAAGCAUUACUGACCGAAGUAUUUUCUGUUGUAAUUCAUUGUUCCGUUAGAAAGAGAGGCUGAUUUACUAUUAGGACGUAAGAACGCGCAACUUUUGUAAUUUCAUAUAGGAUAUUGCUUUUUUUUUCUUUUCUCUUCGAUAUCGGUUUUUACAAAAAUCCCGUAUAUGUAUCAGUAUUGCGAUGCCAAAGAGAGAGUUCUGCGCGAUAUGGGGACUCACACGAUAAUUUAAAUAUUAUGUUUUCCUAUACUGCAGCGUAUCAACGCGAACGAACAUACUCCGUUGAAGAUUAUACCCGUUUCCCUUCACUGCCAACGAUCCUACGUAAACCUACGGAAAUGAGAAUGUUUUUUACUCCAAUGUAUACGUUCAACAAUCGGUUACAUAUGUACCACGCGCACAUGUUCGAUACACAUGCUGUGGCAAAUUGAUCGGAUUCUUUGGCCUAAAUAAUGGAACGUGUACCGCACAUCUCGAGAAGAGUGCAUUUUUUUGUAAGUCGCACAACUAGUCGUACGACUGUGUAUAAGACGACACGUAAUGGAGGGCUCAGAUACACUAAGUACACAUCUUCCAUUAAUUUACAAUGACUAUUAUAAGCUAUCGAUGGCACUAAACGCAUUAAUAUAAAAUAUAAAAGUCAUAUAAAACAUAAUAUGAUAAUCGCAUGCAAGACAGAUUUUUGUCUUUGAAAAAAAAAAAAACCAGAAUAA